GAUGGCUAUCUGGACCGUCAGCGAGGACCGAGAGACCUACCUCCCAUUGGAAGGUCCAGGGCGCCACGACCUGACUGUGUUCUCGAGGUUUCCUUCGUCGCCCGCUGUGACGCUCGGGGACCGGACUCGAGUGCUCAGCUGGGACCCGGAGUUCAACCGGAUCACGACUUUCGCCUCAGAACCGCGAGCGUUGCCUGCUUUCAUCCAACACAACUUUACUGUUGAAUGUACUCAAGCUGAGAACCACUGUAGAUGUGAUAUUCUGGCUGGUGAGAACGAAACCCUGGUCGGCUCCGCCUCUCUGCCAGGCGAGAUAGACGCGCUUUCCAUCCACGGGAGUCCUGCUGAAAAGCUCAUCGUUAUCCUGCGAGGCGUCGCAGACGAGCAAGCGACGAGCGGCGACAGCAGCGAUUCCCCCGAGGAAGCCGGUGACCCGCCGGGCUCCUGGCUCCGGGAGCGCCCCGUGGCCUUGAACGCUCUUCUGGCGGUGGUCGCCGCUGCUCUGUACGCGAAGAACAAGAAGAUCAAGAUGGUCAAUGAGGUGUUAAGACGCCAAUUGCCAGAUCCGAAGGAAAAGAUACAGGAACCAAGUAUUUGGAGGUACCUGUGCUGGGAAUUUCUGAAUCUGUUUAAGAAUGAGAAGCGCAGAAGAUCAGGAAUUUCCCCGGCGGCCAAAAUUCCAGAGAAAGAGCUUCUGCAUGCUAACGAUGAAGACAGGGACGAAGGUGCUAUUAAAGGCGACUGUGGCGGGGAUGCUAAUUAGAGUGCUGUUCAUGAGCAAUGAGUGUCUGUAUUUACGAAUUAUGGAAACAUGCGAUCACACCUGAUUAUAAUCAUAUAAGCACACACCAACACACAGCGUUCACACAUAUUAGGACCUGUUUAAAAUUACGUGCAGACACAGAAGCCAACGUAGGUAGAACACAUAAAUGCACACAAAUAAUCAAACCAGCCAUA